AUGCACAAGCGGAAGGCGAGCGCCCCCGUCUUAGGGGACCGGCCCAGUGACUCAAAGCGCAGAUGUGAAAGAGGCACCGAGGGUGAUGCUUCCUUUUGGAGGAAAGCAAAAUCGGAAGGAUGUCAAACGGUGGACGACGCUUUAUUAAAAUGUAAAGGAGGGACGGCAGGACUGUUAGAGGGUUUGAGAUUUGGGGAGACAAAGGAGCUGGCAACUCGGCUGGGGGUCCCCCCGGUUGAGGACAUCCCAGUUGAGGACAACCCGGUGGAGAAUAUCCCAGUUGAAGGGGGCAGUCUUUGUGGAGCCGCUUCGAAGGGGCACCCACAGAGCAACUCCCACAGGUCCUACCCCCCAGCGGAGAGACUCACAAGUGCGCAACUCUCCAUUUUAGAGAAGGGUGAGCAUGAGGAAGGUAAAGAGGAACGAAACGAGGAAGCACCAGGGGGGGAAGCAAAUUUUGAGCGGAUGAACGAUGUGGGUGACCCCCUGUGCGGUGGGAUGCCCCACGAAGGAGGCGAACGGGGUGAUGUGAAACAGGUAGGUAUGGCACAUUUCGAAAUGGCAAGUGGAUUCAUCACGAAGGGGAAUGCGGACCAGCUGGAGGAGCGCAUAGCGGAGUGCCCCUCGUCAGAUCUGCCACAGGGAGAACGCUCCCCAAAUGAAGGGGACGACGAUGUAGGCGAAGAAGAAGCUUCUGAUGAUGAUCAUCAUGAUGAUGGUGAGGAAGUUUUCCGAGACGGCAAAAUGGCCGCCUCCGCCAGUGGGGGAAAACCCUUCGAGGAGGACCAACCAGAGCUGAGGAGAAACCCAAGCGGCUACCCCCCCCUGCUGUCUACCCUAAGCGACGAGUUGCUGUGCUGCACUUCCAAUGGUAGCGACGAAACGAACAAGCGAAGUGGCACCCAUGAAUGGUUAGCCCUGCCAAAGGGGAAGGAAGGGGAAAGUCCCCUUUGUAGAAGCAGCCAGGUAGACGUGAACCAUCAUGGGGACGUCCCCUCUGAUGAGGAGAAGACGUUCUGCGAAACUCUAACCAGUGAUGGGACCUCCUCCAAACGUGUUUACCAUUUUAGGAGAAGCAAAGAUAAUAUACAUAUAUACACACCAGGGGGAGGGACCUACUUAACCAUCGAGGACCACGGAGAGGAGACCCCCGAGUCAGUGACGAGUGAACAGUCAAGUGGGACACUCCAGUGUGGAAGUGGCCAACUGAAGGUUACAGUUAAGCGGGAGGUUAACCCUGGGGAACGACUGAGGGACCCCCUUUUCGUAAACACCCAACGUGCCUCCUUCCUGCGAAGCACUGACCAGAGUAACCACACGGAUAGCCAAACAGGUGUUAGAACGCACGAAGUGAUGAACUCAUUUGAAAGUGCACAGAUGAAUGGCAAGUCUCUUUUUGCAGAUGGACCAGCGGGUACAACUCCCCAUGAGGAGCGCAAAUAUGCAUGUGUAGGGAGUCUCCACCCAAGAAGACGAAGCGCACCGGGGAGGACACGCAAGAGAAAACUUACGCCAAUGACCAAGAAGAAGGUGAAGGCGGAAAAAAAAAAAAAAAAAAAAAUCCCGGGGAGAAUUUACAAAGUUAUUGUACGGGGGAAGGAGUGCUGGAGGGCCGAAUGGUUUGUUCAAAGGGGCUUCCAAGAAAUGAGUUGCAACGCCACCGCAAAGGUGAUGCCGAAGAUGAAGACUGAAACGGGCAGUGGAAGCGACCAGGUGAGCCGCCCCUACGGAGGGGAGCACCCCCCCCUGCGCAGUCACAACCACGGGAAUGAAAACUCAUUCGUUAAAAAGAGUAAGCAGUUUUCCGUCUCGGUGUAUGGCCCUGAAAACGCGAGGCUGUUCGCCCUGUUCGAGCUGAUCAAAUACAACUCCGUGCCGGAUGGCUUGAGAGAGGAAGCCAAUGUGUGCAUCUGCAACAUUAAGAAAAAUUUGAUGGUGCAGGGGGGGUCCGCCGACAAAUCGCGCAGCGGCCACUUCCUGCCUCUUAUGCUUGCCGGUUGGGACGAUGCCUACUCACCUGCCUUGUUCAGAAAAAUCCAGGGAGAUAUGGUGCGCACCUGGGGCCAGUUUACCGACGGGGGGGGUAGCGACGUACACAUGGCGUGCAGCGGCAUACACAGCGGUAGCUGCGAGGAGCCCCCGCGAGCUGCGCCCCGCUUCGAUGGACACAGUUUUCCUCGCAAAGGGAACCCCGCGGGGGGGUUCGAUCAGGUGGAUAGGCGCGGCGGGGACUUCGCUAGCCUGGGGGGAGACGCACCAAGCUACGCGCCGAGCCGCAGAAAUGAUCAGCCUACCCUGAUGAGUAACCACCCCAACCGCCUACCCAACUGCAGCGGCCACGCGGACAACCCCUCCGCACACCACCAGAACAACCUUGUCCACAGCAUCAACGCGUAUAACCUGCACUCGAGGCACAUGGCCCACACGUUCGCGGCGAACAAACCGUCCAUGGCAAGCCUGCACAAGAGCUUCAACAGUAGCGAUUAUGCCUAUCGGCCCCACGGAGAGGAACUCGUUAAGCUACAAAAUGGUUUCUCAUUCGGACAGUUGAACGAACAGACAAGUGGGAUUAACAGAAACUGGGCCCUGCGCGUCAACCAUCCUGGGUACCAUUACAAUUACGCACGGGGGGACGACAAGAUGAACGGCAUGGCUAGCUGUGCGUCUCUCCAAGGCUACCCAAAUGGGUAUGCCAACAGCCAUGAGGAUGUGAGAGGCGCUCCGGAAAACCCGACCGCUGACUUGGCCAUCUUUGGCAGCUAUUUUCACUCCGAUGGGAAUGCGGUUAAUUGCAAAAUGGAAAAGAGUGCCCCCGCCUUUGGGCCAAAGAUGUCGAAUGGGGGCGGCAGCGCGUUUGACCAGUUCGGCGGGGGGGCUGCACAUUUGAAGGGUUGA